UAAAGCAAGCGGGAACGUGCUUUGAGCCGGGCACGCGCUUCUCAUGAAGACCCUCUCCUACUCAAGCGAAAGGCAGUCUUGGAGAGAUCGAGAUUAUCGGGUACUGAGGGGGUGUCCAGCGAAUGUACAUCGCUAGUCAUAGCGGUGCGACAACACACCCCAAUUUUGUUUUAUUCGUUUUCUUUUUCAAUUUUUAAUACUCCUCUCGUGCACCCCCUUGCUGCACCGCAACAAGCAACACUCUGCUAGCCAGCUAGGAACCACCAGUGCUAGCUAACGUUAGCCAGCUAGCUACCUAGCAAACUAGCCGUUCAGACCCACAAGGUUUCUCGCGGAGAGAAACUGAGAGGGAAGGAGGGCAAAAGGACGAUUUCGGUUUCUGCCAGUAUUACAUCGUAAUGUCUAACUGCGUGGAUUUUUACUCGUCACCUGUGGUGGCCUUUUUGCACUAGUUGUGCUAACGUUAUCGUGGCUAAGAACGCUGAAACCUGGACUAACCGUGAGCACAUUUGCUGGGUUGCGCUCUGGAGACUAACCUUUCAGCUUUCCUGGAGACAGAUGUUUUGAAGAGGAUUUAAAAGAAAAUUAUUGUGACUAUACCCCUGAAAAGGAUCGCACCCAUCAGAGGGGUGACGAUUAGGGGGGAGGGGGGUUUGGUUUACCAGUUACCGGUUUUUAAUUCUGCCCGGUACCUGUCGUGGAGGUUAGGACGGAGGGAGAGGGAAUACUGAUAAUGGCUGCUCCGGGAAGCUGGCAUCAGACCGCUGCCUAAGCGUCAAGACGUGGUGUUCCAGUGGCGAGCUCUAUGCCCAGUGUAUAGGCCAUCAGUACCGGGGACCGAGGCGGGAGGAAAGACACAUGGAUGGGCAAAUUCGGCUUGCGGUUUGGUACUAAACGGGGCAUGCACAAGACAUAGGUGGAAGCAGCUCAGGAUGCAAGCCCUCCUCCUCUACCCUCUGCCAGCCUGCCGCCUUGGGCUUCUCCCCCGCUGAGCCAACCAUGUCGAGCCAGCACAGCCACCCCUCCUUCAACAUCAACUCCAUGGCCGAGCAGCAGCAGGUGCUGUCAGAUAUGACCAUACUGCAGAGGAGGAUUCCCCCGAGUUUCCGAGAUCCUGCAAGCGCCCCGCUGAGAAAGCUCUCUGUCGAUCUCAUCAAGACUUACAAGCACAUCAAUGAGGUGUACUACACUAAGAAGAAGCGGCGUGCUCAGCAGGUGCCCCCUGAGGACUCCAGCACCAAGAAGGAGCGCAAGGUCUACAAUGACGGCUACGAUGACGACAACUACGACUACAUCGUGAAGAACGGGGAGAAGUGGCUGGACCGCUACGAGAUCGACUCGCUCAUCGGCAAGGGCUCCUUUGGACAGGUGGUGAAAGCCUAUGACCACCACGAGCAGGAGUGGGUGGCCAUCAAGAUCAUCAAAAACAAGAAAGCCUUCCUGAACCAGGCCCAGAUUGAGCUGCGGCUGCUGGAGCUCAUGAACAAACACGACACAGAGAUGAAGUACUAUAUAGUCCACCUGAAGAGGCACUUCAUGUUCCGGAACCACCUGUGCCUGGUGUUCGAGCUUCUCUCCUACAACCUGUACGACCUCCUGCGCAACACCAACUUCCGCGGCGUCUCCCUCAACCUGACGCGCAAGUUCGCCCAGCAGCUGUGCACGGCGCUGCUCUUCCUGGCCACGCCCGAGCUCAGCAUCAUCCACUGCGACCUCAAGCCAGAGAACAUCCUGCUGUGCAACCCCAAGCGCAGCGCCAUCAAGAUCGUUGACUUUGGUAGCUCCUGUCAACUGGGCCAGAGGAUCUACCAGUACAUCCAGAGCCGCUUCUACCGGUCCCCAGAGGUGUUGCUGGGGAUGCCGUACGACCUGGCUAUAGACAUGUGGUCCCUGGGCUGCAUCCUGGUGGAGAUGCACACGGGAGAGCCACUGUUCAGUGGCUCCAACGAGGUGGACCAGAUGAAUAAGAUAGUGGAGGUGUUGGGAAUCCCUCCCAACCACAUGCUGGACCAGGCCCCCAAAGCGCGCAAGUACUUCGACAAGCUGUCCGACGGCCUGUGGACCGUCAAGAAGAACAAGGACAUUAAGAAGGUACUAUAUCCCUCGGCUUCCGAGUACAAGCCCCCAGCCACGCGGAGACUCCACGAGAUUCUGGGGGUGGAGACCGGGGGUCCGGGCGGGCGGCGGGCCGGGGAGCAGGGUCACGCCCCGUGCGACUACCUGAAGUUCAAGGACCUGAUCCUGCGCAUGCUCGACUACGACCCCAAGACGCGCAUCACGCCCUUCUACGCCCUGCAGCACAACUUCUUCAAGAAGACCACGGACGAGGGCACCAACACCAGCAGCUCCACGUCCACAAGCCCUGCCAUGGACCACAGCCACUCCACGUCCACCACCAGCUCCGUGUCUAGCUCUGGUGGAUCCAGCGGUUCUUCCAACGACAACCGAAAUUACCGGUACAGCAACCGGUACUACAACAGCGCAGUCACUCACACGGACUACGAGAUGCAGAGUCCACAGGCUCCGUCUCAGCAGCAGUUGCGGUGGCCUGGCGGUGAGGCAGGCGGUGACCCCCAGUACCCCCAGCUGCUGCUCCACAAGCCGGCGGCCACGCAGCACUCGCGCCACUUCAUGGGCGGCGGGGGCAUGAUGGAGACGCACCACCCGCACCCCAUCUACGGCAGCCACCACAGCAACGGGCGCGGGCUGCGGCAGCCGCAGGGCCCACAGAACCAGCCGCAGGGCCAGAGCUCGCAGCCCGGCCAGCAGGGCGGCGCUCUCCUGCCCGUCUCGUCCCCGCAGAUGCAGGACAGCAUCGAGCUCAGCCUCACGCACCACCACCACCUGGGUCAGUCUUCCAUCCUGCAGCCGCCCCCACCGUCCAGCCUGGACUCCAGCCAGUACGGCUCCUCAAACCUCCACCUGGGCCUCUCCGCCUUUCGGACUAGGACGGUCAUGGGCGCUCAGCCCCCACAGGCCGCCUCCCAGCAACAGUUGGCCCAGACGCCGGCCUCUCAGGACAGCAUGGUAGCUGCCUCGGGCCUGGGCUACAUCCCCCCCUGCUACCCGGGCAGUAACAACAAUAACAACCCCCCCCAGGGCAGUGUGGGGGUGGGCGGCGGCCUGCUCACCGGGGGGCCUCCGCCUAGGGGAGUUGGGGGCGGAGGGGGGCGGCCCGAUUCCGAGGAGUCGGCCAUGAUGGGCGUGUGCAGCAGUGGAGGUGGCAGCGGUCAGAAUGCAGCCAACUCUUGAUAAAUCUUGAACAAAUUCCAAAAGCCAUACAAAAAGUUUUAAAGGAUAAAAAAACAUAACAAGGAUGAUCCAACACGCAUUACGGACGCAUAUAGUAACAAACACCUGACACACAGAUGACACAUACACACACUUGGCCACUCAUGACAGAAAUGCAGAGAUAAACUUGUGAAAUAUCAAAAGAUUUUUUUUUUUGUUUUGUUUGUUUAUUUUUUGUUUUGUUUUGCAUGGGAAGAAGUUGGAGGGAGGGGAAGUGGGGAGGAUUUGAGAACCUUUGUAUCUUUUUUUUUUUUUUUUUUUUCAGUUGAAUUUUUUUUCCCUUUUUUUCUGUUGAAAGAAUGGAGCAGAGGGCUGAAGUGGUUGGAAGUGAAAGUUUCAGAAAGUUUGUUUUUACAAUUAUUAUUAUUAUUAUUAUUAUUAUCAUUAUUAUUAUUAUUAGAUUUUAUGUGAUUUGAGGACAGGUUUGCAGCGAGAUUUCUGUUUUGAGGGUUUUUUGAGUGUGGGAAAUAGAGGGCUGAGGAAGGAUUGAUGUGAGAAACCGAAUGUGGUGCUUAAGAGAAAAGGCAAGAGAGAAAACCCUUUUUUUCGACUUAUGGUCUAGAAGUAAUUUUUACAUUUUUAAUUUAUUGAAAAUCACUACAUGCGGAGGGAAACAGAUUGGAAAAGAGUUCAAAUUUUGAGAGGAGGGUAUUUUUUUCUGGGGAUUAUUUAUUCUGUGAUUUUAAUUUAUACAGUUUAUAAUUUGUUAUCUUUUUUUUUGAGGGACAGAUGACACGCAUACACAAGACAAGUUAAACAAACUGGGAUUUUUGACUUUUUUUCCGUUCAGUAUGUCCCACUCCCCCCACUGUACCCCCCUACCCCUCUCAAACACACACAAGAGACACACACACACACACACACACACACACACACACACACACAUACACCCUCGACACAUAACAGAGAAAACACUUUUGUUACUUUUUUUAUGUUUCCAAUCUUCUCUCGCUUGACAACACUGGCUUAUAUAUCUCGAAACUUAUGAAACAAAAAACCAUACAAAUAAAGAGUAAAAAGCAAAUGACAAGCAAAGCGUAGUCACACCACAACGAGAGAGUGCCGUCUGGCGGAGGCUGAGACGCCAGCCGCUCCCAAGAGGAGAGGGGGAAACCGAACUCCCGCGUCACUGCUACGGAGGAAGUGAUGCGAGGAGCACGAAGAGGAGAAAAAGAAGAAGAAAAAAAAAACACAUAAACAACAACAAAACAUUUUGCCAGAAGGAAAACCAAAAUGCUUCCCUGUUGUUUGUUUAAAAAUAGUCUGCCUUCUAACUUCGCCAUCUCAUCAGACUGUCUCUUGAUCUCUCCAUCUCUCUCUCUCUUACCCUCCUCUCACACACACACGCGCUCUCUCUCUCUAGCCCUCUGUCUGUCUCUUGGGUUAUUUUUUUUUACUCUGAGUUAUUUGUUUUUUGUUUUUGUUUUUUUGACAGAAAACUCUGAAAAGUAACAUUUUUGUUUCUUGAUUAUUAUUAACUCGAGAUAUGCUAAGCCAAAUCUUGCUCACUCCCCUUCUCUCUCUGUCUUUUCUCAGCUGAUCUUUCUUAUCUUCCUCUGCCCCAUGUUUCUGUUUGAAGGAGGCGGUGGAGGGUCUGUGUUUUUUUUUUUUUUCUUUCUGAUUUUGUUUUUGCAGGAGGAUGGAGUACAUAUAUAUGUGUGUAUAUGUUUCUAUAUACAUGAGGAGGGGAUGUCUCUCACCCCCUGAUCCCCCUGAUAAGCGCUCUCCCUCUGGCUCUGACUUCGCAUCUCUCCCUCCUGUUUUUCUCUCGCGCGUCUGUUCCCUCCCUCCUUCCUACUUCACAGCACUCUGUGAGUGCUGUGGGCCAUCAAGUCAGAAAAAAGUGAACUACUUCUCUCUCGGCUGCUAUCUCCACUCUCAACCAUGUUCGGAUUGCUGCUAAAGAAAAACAGACAGAUAAAUAAAUGAAAAAUAAAUAAAUAAAUAAAAAUGAAUAAACUU